AUGAGUGAAUUAUCGAAAGAACUAAAAAGAGUCCUGGCGGAAAAUACCCAAUUAAAAAAAGAGAACCAAGAACUACGAGGGGACAUCUCCGGCCUCCACGUACGAGUGAGAAACCUGGAACAGUACUCAAGAAGGCAGAAUGUCGAGAUUGAUGGCAUUCCCGAAACCCAGGGAGAAAACGUACUCAGAGUCUUGGAAAGUGUCGCUGAGGCAGUGGGGGUUGAACUCAAAAAGGAGAAUAUCGUCGCAGCCCACCGCAUCCCAUCCUUUAACAAGAAGAGGACACCACCCAUCAUCGUAAGGUUCUCGACCUACGAAGAGCGGGACACCUGGAUCAGGGAAUACAAGAGCAUGCGGCCUCUAAUGCUCAACAUGAUCAACCCAGGAUUCAAGAGCUCUGCCAAGGUGUUUGUAAACGAACAUAUUUCACCUGAGAACAAGCUGCUUCUGGCUAAAACCAAGGAAGCUGCCAGAAACAAGGGCUUCAAGUACGUCUGGAGUAGAGACGGCAAAAUAUUUGUGCGGAAGGAAGACGGAGAAAAGUGCAAAAAAAUUGAUAGCGCAGCCGAUCUAGAGACACUACAAAAAGAUAGAGUGCAAAUAACUAAGAUAAGAUUAGAAGACGGACGGAUAGAACAGAAUCCGCAGGCGAUAGCGAACCUGUUUAAUGAUUACUUUGUGUCUGUUGCGCAACAGCUGAUAACCAGCCCUCCCGGCCCGCGUCCCGACACACUCAG